CGACAUUGAAACUCAACGUUAAAAGAUCUUUGUCAAGACAAAAUUUGAUACCAUUACAUAAAAAACUUACAUGCUACGGUGGUGUAUGUGUUCAGAUUUCAUUUUUACGGCGAUGACAUGACUCGACAAGUGGAGGCACACCACUUCUGCAGCCACCAAAACGAGGAAUUUCGACAAUGUUUGAUCUACGAUAGCCCAGACGCAGGCGCACGCCUCAUAGGGGUGGAAUACAUGGUCUCAGAGGAGCUCUUUUUGACACUCCCCGAUGACGAGAAGCCGUUGUGGCAUUCACACGAGUACGAGGUGAAGAGCGGUGUGUUGUUCAUGCCCGGCGUUCCCGGGCCAUUUGAGCGUAAGGAAAUGGAGAAGGUGUGCAAAACUUAUGGUAAGACCUUCCACUUUUGGCAAGUGGAUCGGGGCGAUAAUCUCCCCCUUGGAACCCCUCAGAUCAUGAUGUCACUUACUCGAGAUGGUCAGCUCUAUGAUAACCUUGCUCAAGAUGUUGAGAAGCGUUUCAAUGUUUCAUUUGCAAAGGAGAGGGAAAAGAGAGCGUACAUGACCGGCCCCGAAAAUGGGAUACACCCGUUAGCUAAUGGAGCGGGCAAAGGGAUUCGAACAGUGCUUCGAGAGGUGGACAGCAAGCCCGUAGCCAACAGCGUUCCAAGAGUCUUUGUUUAACUCAAACUAAACUUCACCUUCCUAUACAUAACAUGAUUAAGGUAAUGAAGAAUAAAGAUAUGGGCUUUAU